AUGUCAGGCCUCAUUAGUCACCGCAAGUUCAAGCUCCAAGACACUCCAGAUCUUACCGGUAAAACGGCCGUCGUCACGGGUGGCCAGGCUGGUAUCGGUCGAGAGAUCACUGCCCAACUACUCCUCCACGGCAUCGCUAAAGUCUAUGUCCUCGCUAGAUCGGAAGAGCGUUUUACUGCUGCACGUUCGGAAUGGGUGAACCAAAAAGGGUUAAAAGCUGCUGAUGUGGAGAACCGCACUGAGUUUGUGCAAUGUGAUCUCAGCGACAUUCAUGCCGUGAAAAGGAGUGUGGAGAUUUUACGAUCGAGACUAAAUCGUUUAGACAUCCUGUUCAACAAUGCUGGCGUACCUCCUUCUUCGGGGUGUUCCCUUAGCCCACAAGGUAUCGAGUCUGUUUUCGCGACGAACCACGUCGGCCAUUACGUACUUACGCUUCUCCUACUUCCACUGAUUGAAUCGACCGGAGCAGAGUAUGGCUCUGCGCGGAUCGUGAUCACCUCGUCAUCACUGCAUUUAGCUUGCCAGGAACUCGACCUAGCACUUUUGCGAUCUGACCAACCUGUCAAAUCUCCAGCUGUCUUUGACAAUGUUUGGAGAUAUGGGCGAUCGAAGCUUGCCAAUAUCCUAUUCACGCGUGAACUAGCAAAGCUGCUUGAAAAGAAAGGCUCAUCCAACGUCUUCGUCAACAGCUACUUUCCAGGCAACAUUCCCACCGAAGCAAUGGACACGUGGAAGAACAUGCUGGGUAGUAUUGCUGGGAAGGUCAUCAAGAGCGGUGUUGAAUUCGUCGGUCAAUCUCCAGAAGAUGGAGCCGCCACAGCGAUUUUCCUGGCUGCAAGUCCUGAAGUCGAGAAACAGCAAUUACGAGGGAAGUACUUCGUACCAGUGGCAACCGAGUAUGAAACAAGCACCACUGCGCAAAAUAAAGACUUGGCAAAGAACCUUUGGUACUGGACCGACCACCAAGUAUCCGAAGCUCUGGGCAAAUCCUGGCAAGAACCGGCAUGA